AAGCUUUCUCGGAAAACAGUUGGUGACGUCACAUGAUUAUGUUUCGCAUCCUAGCCUUCGUGCCAAGCGAAGGAAUACCGAACGUGCAGUGAUCUUUAAUUUGUCGCUCCCAAAGCUAAAGAAACCCAUAGUUAAAGUGUUUAGUGUCUUUAAAUAAGUUAUGGCUGGACAAGAAGACGAGAUUUUGUCGCUUUGUAGCGGGAUACGCGAGUACAAGAUCGGUAAGUUCGAGGAGUACCAUGAUGCUAUGGAAGGCGAAAUGGAGGGUUGCCUUGUCAACAUUGUGCUCUUUGGCAUGACUGGCUCCGGAAAAUCAGCUUUGAUUAACACAAUUUUCCAGUCAUUGGGAUAUAAUGAUUCGAAACAAGCUGUAACUCAAUGUACUGGAAGGGAAGGAACGAAGAUUUUGGAGAGGUUUGUUCUUCCGGGAAACCAAAUUGCGCUUUACGACACGCGAGGAUUUUUCGCGAUGGAUAUCAAAGAAGAGGGCGAACUGUUUCGCAUCCUGUUUGGAAUUCAGCGGCCUGGGGAUGAUUUGACACGAGGCGAGGAAAGCGCUCAAAAGGCAAAAGCCGCUGGCCAGGGUGCCCACAGACUCAAGAGACGUCCGCUAGCCGACCAAAUGCACGUUGUACUUUGGGUAAUAAAAGCUACCGACAUCAGAUUUGAAAAGGGUCAAUACAGCGAAAUCAUCGAGUAUGUUAAAGAACAACUGCAGGAGGCAAUAAUUACCGUCCUUGCCGUCAUAACGUUCGAUGACGAAGUCCACAGGAUGCCAAACGCCGAUGAAAAAAGGGAGAAUUUGAAACAGGCCGCCACUAAAGUCACCGGUAGCGUCCUAAAAAACGUGUUUACGAUCGCUAACCCGUUACGGGGAGAAGAUAUUGAUCCAGCGUACAAGAAAUGUGUCUUGAAGUUGAUGGAAAAAGCAUUAAAGUGCGGAGAGCGCUCUAUCAAGAUGCGGCAAAAUAAGAGAGAGAGUCCUAAAAAAGAAAACCGACUUUCAGACUCUGCAGCAAGUAACCUCAAGUAUCCAACCCCAGUGGAGCACGAAGAUGAACCUCCAAUUGAUCAUAAAUGUAAAAGCUUGCCAUGAUUAACCCUACUGACUUGAGGAAGGUUACGACGCACACCAGAAACCUCCGGGAUGGGGUUCAGGGACAAGUUGACGCAAAGAUGACAGUGGACACUGCGGCACAUAUUCCAAAUGUUAUACAUUUUUUUUGUUUAUGUAUUUGGACUUACCACUCUAGCUAUAUGAAAUUAUCAUUAAUUUUUUUAGAAUUUUAUAUUCUCUAGUCUCUAUUUAUUUGCGAUAUAUCAUCCGCCGGCGGUACCAUGAUGCAAGGAGCAGACUAUCAUUACUCAAAAACGUUACGAUAAGUGAAUUAAGGUUUACAAGUUUGCCUCAAGAAUUCGAGCAACUGUUAGUUCAAUUGUAGAGUCAAGCUAUCGAUUGAAGAUCGCAACACUUCAUAUUGUUUACAGCGAGCGGUGGUCCUCAAUUAAGAGCUUAACUCUGAAGUUGAUAGUAGCCCGAAUUCGUAAUAGAAAAGAUAAGGGCAGGAGUCCUGAGUUACAAAUCGUCCAAUCUAAACAUGAACAUCUAGGAUACUAAAAAGUCUCUAAUUAACAAGCGUGACAUAGUUGUAGAUCACAUCGUUUUCUUUUUUUCAUCUUCUCUACAUAUUAACAAACUAAUAGACAACUUAGGAGGUCUUUAUUCCUCAGAGUUAAGCCUCAGUCAAACGCUAUUCUGAAAGUUACCUUUUCGUCAUAAAAGCUUUUUGGGCAAGUUUCAAGCGUGCACUGCAUAUUUUGUGCAUUUUAAUAAAAUAGUGUUAAUCAAGA